GACAGGACCGCCAGCCAAUGGCGUCGAAGCAGAGACUCGGACCAGCCAGUGCAAUACAUGAUUCCAGGUUAGGGUGGAGCAGGGAGAGAGAGAGAGAGAGCACGAGCAGCAAGAAAGACAAAACACAGACGAGGAAGAGGCUGCUCCAUCACCCCGCAUCCAGACACUCACACCCAGUAUGAACAUGUCCAGCAGUUCUGCUCUGAUCCAGCAGAUCUAUCCCUUUCACGAUGGCUGGAACAUCGCCUGCUUCAUCAUCCUGCUCCUCUUCAUCCUCACCAUCCUCUCCCUCGCCACGCUGGCGUUCCUCUAUGAGCUGCUGGACUGCGGAUGCUUCACCAAAACCAAAACCGUUCGAGACAUGCGCCGCCAGCAGGACGAGGUGGUCUAGUUAUAACCAUGGAUUUGGACCGAGCUCUUCACUAGAUUGGAGGGCCGUAAAACACACACCAGACACAUACAGAGACAGAAGCGCUCUACUCUCACUAGCUCCAACAGCAAUACACUGCACAGGUGUCUCCAUGGCUUCAAAUCUUAGAUGAGAUUUACACCAGAACGAGGGAAAUCUAGCUUGUAUGUGCACCUCAUUGUCUCCUCUUCAGUAUUCAAGUAGUAUUCUGUGAUGAUGAUGAUAUAAACCUGUUGAAUUUUUUGUUGAGAUGAAUCUUUCCCUUUGUGUGGGAUGACAAAGUCUACAUGUCUGUAUUAUAGAAUUAAUAAGUUACGUACAAUAUGAUUCGACAACUUCAAGCAAAUACCACACAGUAUAUUUGGAAUAAAAGGAAGGUUUGUAUGCGUGUUUACAUUCAUUUUUAGGUCCGAUUUAAUAUGCGAGUAAUUGUUAUGUAUAACUAAAUGCAAUAAAUGUCAAUUGUUGCAUCUUUGCAAUGCCUUAAAAAUGUGUAUUUAAAAUAAUAUAAUAAAAAUCACACGAACACAAGAAAUGUGUAGUUCCCGUAAGGGUCACGGAAGAUAUCAUCAUCUGCUGAAAAUAAAUUUAAAUCUGUCUACAUGCUCAAAAACGUGCAGAAACAGGUAAACUUUGCUUUUCUGUGCCUUGCUGACACCAGGCCUGUCACAAUAACAACUUAUUGUUGUGCCAUAUAUUGCCCCAGAAAUGACUGCGAUAAUCAAUAUUACUGUCAUUUUAAAGAACAUUUUAUACCACAGAAUAUAAAAUCUUAAUGUAACGGCAUAAAACGACAAAAAAAAUAUUUUUGAGAAUUUUUAGAUCGUGGAAAUUAAGUAUCCAAUUAGUAGAUACCUUAAAAACCUUAAUAAAUAGUAAAUAACCUUUUUUUUUUUACAAAAACGACAAGCUGCAAAAGACACAGGCACAAGUGA